AUGCUGUACUUUGGAGACAAACUCCUCGAGCAGUCCCCGUCGUCCGGUGACCCAUCCCUCGGCAUCUUUAAAAUUCCGCAGCCAUUUGAGUGUCUGGUAGUUGAUGCGGACGACAAAGUGUUUCGUGAAAUCAGCGUAUGCAGCGGACGCUACAACUUGCAGGGUAAAUAUGAAAAUUUGGCCAACUUCCGUACUAGGGCACUUGGGUGUGUUCAUCCUAUCAGGAGCCCAGCUGUACUGACUCCGGAGGGUGACCAAGGUAAAUUAUCCUUUCCUUGUCAUCUUAUUCGCCAAAAAGUCAAGUGGUACUUUGUUCUAGAUUUUGAAUCAACUUGUGAUAAUAAGUCUACAGUGAAAGCCGAAAUAAUUGAGUUUCCUGUGGUUUUAGUUGAAGCAGAAACGGGCACGAUAGUAGACGAAUUCCAUUCCUAUGUCCGACCAACUGAGAAUCAGACGUUGAGCAAAUUUUGCACGAGCUUGACGGGCAUAUCGCAAGAGACCGUCGACAACGCUGAGGAAUUGAAAACCGUUUUAAAAGAUUUCGAAUUUUGGCUUCGCUCGAAGAAGCGUGCGCUCAACUGCACUUUUAAACUGGGUUCCCCGAAUGCCGCUGUUUUUGUAACUUGGACAGACUGGGACAUUCGGACAUGUCUAUGGAAUGAAUGCCAGCGCAAAAGACUGCCAUUACCUCUCGAACUUCUAAAUCGCAUUGACCUGAAGGCAGUUUUCAAGCACUGGUUGGCUAACACCAGCCGAUCCCCACAGGCAGAUUGGCAUGGGAACUUUUCGGAUGCACUGAAGGCUGCUGGACUUACUUUCAAGGGACGACCCCACAGUGGAAUCGAUGAUGCGCGAAACACGGCAUUGCUGCUGCUCAAAAUGCUUUCUAGUCGGGGAACAGAGCAUGCCAAAUCUCCCUCGCACGCCUACUCGUGA